UCCUCAUCCCCAAAGAUGUGCUUCCCCUCCACACGCCCUUCUGUCUCUGCUCCCCACCCCGCGACUCUCCUGACUCUCCGGCUCCGAGAUGCUGUGGCUGCUGCUGCUGCCCCUGCUGUGGGAAGGGUCCCUGGCUGCUCAUACUCCAGGAUUCCAACUGACAGUGCCAGAGUCCGUGGCGGUGCAGGAGGGACAGAACAUCUCCAUACCCUGCAAUGUCUCCUACCCCAUGAAAGAGUGGAACAGUUCUACUCCAGCUCUGGGCUACUGGUUCAAGAAAGGGGCGAAUGUUCACCAGGAUCCUCCAGUGGCCACCAAUGACCAGCACCGUCCAGUGUUGAAAGAGACAAGGGGACGAUUCCUUCUGCUUGGAGACCCCAGGACCUGCAACUGCUCCCUGCACAUCAGAGACGCACAGAACAGGGACACAGGCGUCUACUUCUUCAGGAUGGAGCGAGGCCGUUACGUGCGAUAUAGUUACAUACAGGACCAACUCUGUGUCUCUGUGAUGGCUCUAACAGAGACCCCUACCAUCCGCAUCUCAGGGACCCUGGAAUCUGGUCACCCUGGGAGCAUAACCUGUGAAAUGCCGUGGCCUUGUGAGCAGAGGACGCCCCCCACCUUCUCCUGGAUUGGAGAGAAUCUCACUGGUACACUGGGCCCCAAGACUCCCCGCUCUUCUGUGCUCACUAUCACCCCACAGCCACAGGACCAUGGCACCAACCUCACCUGCCAAGUGACUUUCCCUGGAGCUGCUGUGACAGUGCACAAGACUGUCCAGCUCAACGUGUCCUAUGCUCCACGGAACAUGACCAUCCAGGUGUUCCAGGGAAACGGCACAGGACCUAAGGCCCUGUCUAAUGGUUCAUGGUUCCAUGUUCAAGAGGGCCAGACUCUGCACUUGGUGUGUGCUGUGGACAGCAACCCACCUGCCACGCUGAGCUGGACCCGGGGGAGCCUGAUCUUGCAGCACUCCCAGCAAGCACACCAUGGGGUUCUGGAGCUGCCUCUGGUGGAACCGGAGGACGACGGGAAAUACGUGUGCAGAGCUCAGCACCGUCUGGGCUCUCUGAGAGUGUCUGUGAGCCUUUUUGUGAGGAGCUCCCUCCAGCUGCUGGGGCCCUGGUGCUCCUGGGAGACUGAGGGUCUGCACUGCAGCUGCUCCUCCCAUGCCUGGCCGGCUCCUUCCCUGGGUUGGUGGCUCGGGGAGAGGCUGCUGGAGGGGAACAUCAGCAACGCCUCCCUCACGGUCUCCACCAGCUCAGCCGGGUCCUGGACCAACAUCUCCCUGAGCCUCAGAGAGGAGCUGUGCUCCAGCCUUAAGCUCAGCUGCCAGGCCUGGAAUCCCCAUGGAACCCAGAGUGUCACUGUCCUGCUGCUGCCAGAGAAACCAGGACCCAGGACAGGAGCAGUUCAGGGAGCCAUUGGGGGAGCUGGUGUCGUGGUCCUGCUUGCCGUGUGUCUCUGCUUCAUCUUUUUCAUGGUGAAGACCUACAGGCAGAAACUGUCAGUAAGGCAUGCAAGUGGGGAUGUCACUCAUCCUGUGACGAGCACCGUCUUCCUGGGUCACCUGAACGCAUCCACGUCCUUGGCAGACAGCGCCGUAGGGGAUGCCCCAGCCCACCCCACCGCUGAAGCUGCAGGGGAGGAGCAGGAGCCCCAUUACGCCUCCCUCAUCUUCCAGGGACUGAGGCCCUGGAAGCCUCAGGUCCAGGAGGACUCCAGCACCACGGUGUACUCAGAGAUCCGGGUCCAGAAGUGACAGCGCCGUCCUCCCGGGCCAGCUCUGGCUGGGGCCCCGAAGAGACCAGACUGAAGGAUGUGUGUAUCCUAGGCGGGUGCUUGGGGUCAGCAGCCCUCGGAAUCAGGAGCUGUGAGUCAGAAGGCACAGUUCCUUAACUGGCUGGAAGUCACCUGGUAGUGACCUUCAAGUCAUUUGGAAGGUCAAACCCAGACUCUGUCACCUCGGGCAAGUGACUCUACCUUCCUAUACCUCCCUUCCUCCUCUGUAAAAUACAGAUGAUGUUCAUUAGGCACCUCAAGUGAGAAAACGGCACAAUGCGUAUUGUUAAGUAUGCUGUAUGUGAAUAACUCGUGGCAAUGUCUACUCAGCAGAAUGAGGGAGUUGUAUUUUUCUGACUCUAUGACACAAUUUGCGGUUUUUGCUUGACCAUUUUUAAGAGCAUAUAUUAUUUCAAAAAAUAAAACUUGCCCAGCAUGUAGCUCAGCAGCAUAAACACCUGCUUGGCAACUGCGAGGCCGUGAAUUCUAAAUCCGGUCCCAAAAGUAAAUAAAUAAAUAAAAAAUAAAAGUAAAAUAUAAAUAAAAAACCUUGUUGGUAUAGAAGCCAUGUCUCAACACAUUUAUCUAACAAAGGACUCAUAUCUGGAAUGCAUAAAUAAUAUAUAAAUGUCUCCCAAAGAUCAGUAAGAAAAAAUAGGCAACCCCAAAAUUUGAGAUAUGCAAAUGGCCAAUGAAGAUACAGAAUAGUAUUUCACUUUAACAGCUGUCAAGGAAAUUUAAAUAAAAACCGUAAUGCUGCACUACUACCAAAUUGGCUAAAAUAAACAGUUUUAAUGAUAUCCAGUUGUUAGCAAGUUCACAGAGCCUUAGAGCUCUGACAAAGUGUUGGCGGGGGCAGGGGAUAGAUAGCCAGUAAGAAAACUGUCACUCUACUAACACUGAGCAUCUGAGCCAGCAAUUGUGCACCUAAUUGCACACCCAAAGAAAGCACAUACAGAUGUUCAUCAGCUCCAGAAGGAACCUUCAUAGCAGCUCUAAUUGGAACGGCUGAAAAUGAUACCCAUCCAGUUCCCUUCAGGCAAAUAUACUGCACAAUAUUCAUGUAGCUAAAGAAGCAAAUAAUAACCUCACAUAUAGUUAUGAGUAUUGAAAACAUAAUUUGUGGUGAAAGGACCCAGAAACAAACAAAAAACACCGUGCUACAUGCCGUCUUUAGGAACAGGAAAACUACUCUUUGGGAUUAGAGGUCAGCUGCUGAUGACCAUUGUAAAUUGAUUGUGCCAGGAAAGGGGAAGUAGAGAUUUUCUAGGGGUCCCUGUAAGUAUCUGUUCUUUGUCUGAGUACUAACUGCUCAUGUACAUGAUAUAAAAAGACAUUUUAAUAAAA